ACUUGUCAGCCAACAUAUAUAUAUCGAAAAAACAAAUCUGGUAAUAUUAUUAUGACCAAUUAAUCAGACAUUUGUACAUGAACCUUUAACUUUUGCAUUAUGAAAAAUAGAAAAAUAAAAUGAAUUUUAUUUUACUAGUAAUUAUAAAAAAAUUAGUGUAAAAAAAAAUGUGUUCUGAGUAUUCUUUCUUCCACUUAAAUGGUUGCUAAUAAGUAGAUCGCAACAGUGUUGAAAUUUAUAUGCAUCUCAAUUGUCUUCAAGGUAGUCUUAAUUGUUGUAGUACUGUUAUGUUAUUCUUGUUUUAGGCGCUCGAUGGAUUUUUUUUCACAAUUAAUCAUAAUUCUGAAAUUGAUUUUGUAAGUGACAAUGUUGUACAAUAUCUAAAAUUUACUCAGGAAGAAUUAGUUGGUCGUAGUCUUUUUCAUUGUGUACAUCCAAGUGAUGUUAGUGAAUUUAGCAAAGCAUGGAGAACAUCAGAAAAAUGUGCAGGAGAUGAUAAGAGCGAAAAUAAUAACGAAAAUCAAUCACGUGGUAAAACAUUUCUUUGUCGUAUAAGAGCAAAUGAUGAUCCAAAAGAGUCAUCUGAACAGUCGGCAAAUAACCGAACAACUUAUGUUAAUAUGCUUGUUUCUGUUGCUUUACAUCACGAUUCAUCCGGUACUGAUCGAUUAUGUUUGGCAUGUAUAGCAAGAAGACCAUUAGAAAAAUAUGAUAAACCAGCCAUACUGGGUUUAGAUCAAUUUUCGUCACGUAUUAAUCUUAAUUUUGAUAUACAAUGUUUUGAUUGCAGUCAUAUGAAAUGUGAAAAAAUAAAUCAAGAUUAUCAUGGGAAGAACUUCAAAGAUUAUGUGCAUGUGAAUGAUGUAGCCCAUGUAGUACGGCAUUUUCAAGAUGUAAUUGAAAAAGGUGAAGCAAAAAGUCCCGUAUAUCGUUUUCGACUACAAGACGGUGCCUAUGCAUUUGUAAAUACAAGAAGUAAACUAUUUUCAAAUCAGACAACAGGAUUAAAAUCAGAUUCUAUAUUAUCGACUCAUACAAUUGUUCGUUUAAUUGAAAAUUCCAAUGAUUUACAUGGGAAUGCAAGUACGCGUUU